AUGUUAAAGUCAUUAGUUACUCUUUGCUUCGUUCCAGUUUUGGGGCUGGCGCACUCUCUCCCAGCCAAGACAAUCGGACAAUUAUCCCUUGGUACUUGGCUUGAGAAUAUUGCUGUCCGCUCCAAUGGCGACUUGUUGGCUACAGAACUCUGGCCCACAGCCAGUGUUUACACUGUCAUUGAUCCAUCAUCCUGCCGUGGAGGACUAGAAGAACUGGUCACGAUUCCAUCGAUCCAAGGCAUCCUGGGUAUCACCGAGCUACCUCCGAUUCCUGGCAAGCCAGAGACAUUUAUCUUUGUCGGCAGUAACGCAACGGGACUUAGUCAGUUAAUCCCAGGUACAUUCAAAGCUUUUGCCCUGGAGUUUCACCAUAAAAAGAACCAAGCCAAGGUCAAGGUCAAGAAGAUCAGCGAUAUGACAGAGACAAGCACUUUCCUCAAUGGCGUAGAGGCAAUUCCGGGAGCCCCCAAUGCAGUGCUUGUCUCUGAUUCAGUGAAAGGUUUCGUUGGUCGUCUCGAUAUAUCGACAGGUAUCUUUGAUGACGCCGCCUUUACGUUCGACGAGAUGGCUCCAAUCGCUGCCAACGCCUUUGGCAUCAACGGAAUCAAGAUCCGCCAUAACUACCUCUACUUUUCCAACUCCAACGCCGUCAAAAUCUACCGAACGGCCAUCACAGGAGCUGGAUUUCCAGUCAAGGGGUCCAAGCCACAACUUGUUGCCGACUUAUCCAAGCUUGUGGGCUUCCUCGACGACUUUGCAUUUGACUCGCAAGGGAACAUUUACGCGGCGAGUAACUCGGAUAACUCUAUUGUAUUCGUGGAUGCUAAGUCUGGAAAGUCGCGAAUCGUGGUUGGUGGUGUCAACGAGAUGACAGUUGCUGGCUCAACUGCUGUGGCAUUUGGCCGUACAAAGAAAGAUAGGGAUACUUUCUACGUGUCAACUGGCGGUGGACUGUUCAAACCCGUUGGCGGAACGAAGACAGAAGGAGCCAAAGUCGUCGCUGCGAAGGUUUAG